CCUCCCUAUCAGCAAUCGCAUACCACGAGCAGGCAGAGGUGCGGAGCUGCUGCUGUAGUAGUAAGCGGCCAGCAGGCGAGUGGGUGACACCGUCAACGAUCACACGGAAGAGAGAGGAGCCGCUGAGAACACGCUUACCACACAAACACGGCAAGACAGGACUGUCCGCUCCACAUCACACAUUCAUGGCGCUGUGCAACGGGGAGAGCAAGCUGGAUAUCAUCGGAGAGCCUAAAGAUGGUUUAUGUUCCUACGAGGGUGCCGUGGUGAUCCUAGACGCAGGAGCACAGUAUGGGAAAGUGAUUGACAGGCGGGUACGAGAGCUGUUUGUCCAGUCUGAGAUUCUGCCUUUGGAGACGCCAGCCUUCGCCAUCAGAGAGCAGGGUUUCAGGGCCAUUAUUAUAUCCGGAGGGCCAAACUCUGUCUAUGCUGAAGAUGCACCCUGGUUUGAUCCAGCCAUAUUCACCAUCGGAAAACCAGUUCUUGGUAUCUGCUAUGGAAUGCAGAUGAUGAAUAAAGUUUUUGGAGGCACAGUACACAGGAAGAGUGUGAGGGAGGACGGUGUUUUCAGCAUUGCGUUGGACAAUUCCUGCUCGCUCUUCAGGGGGCUGCAAAAGGAGGAGCAUGUUCUGCUGACACAUGGAGACAGUGUUGACAAAGUAGCAGAUGGUUUCAAAGUUGUUGCACAGUCAGGAAACAUUGUCGCCGCCAUUGCUAAUGAGCAGAAGAAACUUUACGGCACUCAGUUUCAUCCAGAGGUCGAUCUGACUGAGAGGGGGAUGGACAUGCUACGCAACUUCCUGUUUGAGAUUGCUGGCUGUAGCAGCAACUUUACAGUACAGAACCGUCAGCUGAACUGCAUCAGUGAGAUCAGAGAGAAGGUGGACAAAUCCAAAGUUCUGGUGUUAUUGAGUGGUGGUGUAGAUUCCACUGUGUGCACAGCCCUGCUGAAUAAAGCCCUAAAUCAGGAGCAAGUGAUUGCUGUUCACAUCGACAACGGCUUCAUGAGAAAGAGAGAGAGUCAGAGUGUUGAGGAAGCAUUGACUAAACUCGGCAUCAAACUCAAAGUGGUAAACGCAGCGCACACCUUUUACAACGGCACAACGACCCUUCCAAUAUCAGAAGAGGAUCGCACACCCAGGAAACGCAUCAGCAAAACGCUUAACAUGACCACCAAUCCUGAAGAGAAACGGAAAAUCAUUGGGGAUACGUUUGUAAAAGUUGCAAAUGAAGUGAUCGGAGAGAUGAAUCUGAAGCCAGAGGAUGUGUUCUUGGCGCAAGGCACGCUCAGGCCAGACCUUAUUGAGAGUGCGUCUCACCUGGCUAGCGGGAAGGCAGAAGUUAUCAAAACACACCACAACGACACAGAACUUAUCCGCAAACUCAGAGACGAGGGUAAAGUAAUCGAACCACUGAAGGAUUUCCAUAAGGACGAAGUGAGAGCACUAGGUCGAGAGCUGGGGCUCCCUGAAGAGAUCGUCUCCCGACAUCCCUUCCCUGGUCCAGGCCUUGCCAUCAGAGUGAUCUGCGCUGAUGAGCCUUACAUCUGUAAAGACUUCGCCGAGACCAACAACGUCCUGAAAAUCAUCACAGACUUCUCUGCCAGUGUCAAAAAGCCACACACCCUUCUUCAGAGAGUGAAGUCAUGCAUAUCAGAUGAGGAGGAAGAGAAACUCAUGCAGAUCACCAGCCUUCAUUCACUGAAUGCUUUUCUGCUGCCAAUUAAAACUGUCGGUGUCCAGGGUGACUCCCGGUCAUACAGUUAUGUUUGUGGGGUGAGCAGUAAAGAGGCCCCACACUGGGAUUCACUGAUGUUCCUGGCCAGACUCAUCCCUCGGAUCUGUCACUCCAUCAACAGAGUUGUUUACGUUUUCGGAUCACACGUAAAGGAGCCGCCCACUGACAUCACGCCCACCUUCCUGACCACUGGUGUACUCAGCACGCUAAGACAGGCAGACUUUGUAGCACACUCCAUUUUAAGAGAGUCCGGCUACUCAAAUAAGAUCAGCCAGAUGCCAGUCAUCCUCACCCCACUGCACUUUGAUCGUGACCCACUGCAGAAGCAGCCGUCCUGCAGACGGUCCGUCGUCAUCAGAACCUUCAUCACCAGUGACUUCAUGACCGGCAUCGCCGCUACUCCAGACAACCAAAUCCCUGAAGAGGUGGUUCUCAAGAUGGUCAACGAGAUCAAGAAAAUCCCAGGCAUCUCCAGAGUGAUGUAUGACCUGACGUCCAAGCCACCGGGAACCACCGAGUGGGAGUAGAACAGUGGACUAUUGUACCUUCUGAUUUAUCCUUGUCGACUCCUCUUCUACCUCCCCUUUUCCCAGUACUGCUACAUUCCCCCCCAAAUCCUUUUUCUCCACUCCCACCACCCCCUUUAGUCACGCCGCCCUGUCAUUGUCCCACUGAGACCGGAACAUUCCCUACAAUGGCAGGUUGUACUGUGAUUGGCGUUAAACUGACAACGCCACUUCAGUUCCGCCUCAUUAUCUGGGGUCGGUUGUAAUAUUGGUAUUAUAAUUGUUGUUGUCAUUAUCCUCAUCACUGAUGAUAAUAAUGAUGAUACAUUGAUUA